CCUUCAUCUUGAUCCGCUAUACUACUGGGAUUUCCACAGGCUGACAUCACCUGUUUUGCCCAAACUGGUAUAUUUUCCGACCGUCCAAGCAUUGGUGGGCUGUAGAUCGAGGCCGAGAUCAACCUAGCCAAAUACCAUCAAGAACUAGCAAUAUAUGCAUUCACUAUCGUCACCGUCGUUUUCCUACCACUUUCUACUAUAGCAUCCGUCUUUGGAAUGAACAUGGCAGAUAUCCGCGAGAUGGAAGUAGGACAAUGGCUAUAUUGGACGAUAGCGCUUCCGGUUACAGCUUUGGUGAUCCUGCUUGGUCUCUGGUGGAUGGGAGAACUCGAUAACGUUCUCAAGCUAUCUGGGAGGGGGCAAAGCGUGAUGACAGUCAAGGAAGACAUGGCAACUCCCAAAUUCGCGCCCUUUCCAGUGAGGUAUCCUGUUCUUCCAGGCGUGGAGAACGUUACGGGCCGACUGCUUCCCCCCAUCGCCCAGGAGUGGGCCUUACACGUCGCCGCCGCCGCCGCCGCCAUCAGGAGUAGCAUUUCCACCAGUUCCGUUGUCAGGACAUCUUGGAAGACGAAAAACAUGGGCUUGUCAUGCAACAGGCGGCUGAGGCGAGUCUUACGAUGCCCCCUGGAUUCCAUGAAUUUGACCGAACUCUUAUAUCUAGGGUUUCACUGUAUAUCCAAGCGCUGUUGA